AGCAUUCAUGGGGAGUCCAGUGUGCCACUGAAGGUAAUUAUUGAGAUUGUGAAGUCUUUUUGUGCAGGAAAAACAAGAUGCUGGGUAUCCCAUAAAAUUUCCGAACUUGAUUUCAAAAGGAUCACAACAAAAAGGAAUUAAAAUUCACCAUGGUAGACUCUUCUACACGUUAUAUUUGUUAAUGGAAUAUUUCUACGUAUCAUUACCAUCAACAUGAGGAAAAAAAGAUUCUUGUUGAUUUGAACCUUGAGGAAAUCCCAAAGGCUGCAUUUUCUCAUUUUAACGAAAAAUGAGCAGGCAAAAUUGUUGGAUUUGUAAAAUGUGCAGAAGUGGAUCUGAGAGACUACCUUCAAACCUUACUUUGGAGGAAGUAUUACAGUGGGCCCAAUCUUUUGAAAAUUUGAUGACUACAAAAUAUGGUCCAGUAGUCUAUGCAGCAUAUUUAAAAAUGGAGCACAGUGACGAGAAUAUUAAAUUCUGGAUGGCAUGUGAAACCUAUAGGAAAACUGCCUCACGGUGGAGCAGAAUUUCUAGGGCGAAGAAGCUUUAUAAGAUCUACAUCCAACCACAGUCUCCUAGAGAGAUUAAUAUUGACAGUUCUACAAGAGAAACUAUCAUCAAGAACAUUCAAGAACCCACUCAAACAUGUUUUGAAGAGGCUCAAAAAAUAGUGUACAUGCAUAUGGAAAUGGAUUCCUAUCCCAGAUUUCUGAAGUCAGAAAUGUACCAGAAACUUUUGAAAACUAUUCAGUCCAACAAUUCCUGACUACCACUCAAAUAUUUAAGUUGAAGAUGAUAUCUUGCAAACACUGACUUUGGUCUUUUAAUUUAGAAAAACAGAAAAUCAAAAGUAAAGUAAUAAAACAGUAAUCAAGCUAUAAAUUGAUUUCUACUUGCCAAAGAGACAGAACUCUAAAACCACUAUAAAUAACACAAAUAUAGCAUAUCUAUGUAGUUCAGCUAGUAUGUAAGUAAAAAGAAGAUUUUCUUCAUGACACAAGUGUGCUUAUUAUAAUAGUUAACUAAUUAAUAGUUAACUUAUUAAUGAAAUAUUGUUGUUAUAAUGUGACAGCAAAUUGCUUCUUUGAAAAAUUUAGUUCUGUGAAUCAUGUCUCCAGCAUGAAUGUAUUCUGUGAGUACUGUUCUUAAUAAAUUGAAUUAGCAAACAAUAGUACAAAAAGCAUACUUAUCAAGAGCACUAUUUUAAAGAUAUAUUCUUAAAAGAUAUUCUAUCUUUAAAAGUUUCCUAACAUGUCCAUAAUUAAUUUUCUAGAUCAUAUAUAAUUUUUACAUGUAAAACUUUGUGAUGAUUCUAAACUCUUGUGGGUUUAUUUUCACUUAUUGUUACACUUGCAUUUCUGUAAGGUUAGAAAAUUUAGCUCCUAUAUUUUGAGAUUCUUCCUAAUAAUAUGAAUUUAUUGUGAUUUUGGUAAUCAAUAAAUCUAAAUAUAAACUUAUAA